AAUUUACCCUGUGCAGAAUUUUGAGUUUCAUGAUUUUAUAUCCUAGGCUUCUAUAAUAGGGUAUCAGAGGAGAAUGGAAUCAUUAGAGGAGAUACAGAGUAGAUGAAACAAUUAUGAGAAAAGUGAAUGAAAUAACAUUAUGGUAACAUUAUAACAAUUAGCUAAAGCAUCCCUGCACAACUGGAGAAAACUGAUGGCAUCUCGCUGUGCUGCCUAGGCAGACCUUGAACUUCUGGACUUAAGCUAUAGAUCCUCCACCUCAGCCUCUUGAGUAUUUGGGACUACAGCUCAUUGAAUGGACAGUCUAAACCAAACAAGAGUGACUGAAUUUGUCUUCUUGGGACUCACUGAUAACCGGGUGCUGGAGAUGCUGUUUUUCAUGGCAUUCUCAGCCAUUUAUGUGCUAACGCUUUCAGGGAACAUUCUCAUCAUCAUUGCCACAGUCUUUACUCCAAGUCUCCAUACCCCCAUGUAUUUCUUCCUGAGCAAUCUGUCCUUUAUUGACAUCUGCCACUCAUCUAUCACUGUGCCUAAGAUGUUGGAGGGUUUGCUUUUAGAAAGAAAGAGCAUUUCCUUUGACAACUGCAUCACACAGCUCUUCUUCCUACAUCUCUUUGCCUGUGCCGAGAUCUUUCUGCUGAUCAUUAUGGCGUAUGAUCGUUACGUGGCUAUCUGCACUCCACUCCACUACCCCAAUGUGAUGAACAUGAGAGUCUGUAUACAGCUUGUCUUUGCUCUCUGGUUGGGGGGUACUGUUCACUCACUAGGGCAGACCUUCUUGACUAUUCGUCUACCUUACUGUGGCCCCAACAUUAUUGACAGCUACUUCUGUGAUGUGCCUCUUGUUAUCAAGCUGGCCUGCACAGAUACAUACCUCACGGGAAUACUGAUUGUGACCAAUAGUGGAACCAUCUCCCUUUCCUGUUUCUUGGCCGUGGUCACCUCCUAUAUGGUCAUCCUGGUUUCUCUUCGAAAACACUCAGCUGAAGGGCGCCGGAAAGCCCUGUCUACCUGCUCGGCCCACUUCAUGGUGGUUGCCCUCUUCAUUGGGCCAUGUAUCUUCAUCUAUACUCGGCCAGACACCAGCUUCUCCAUUGACAAGGUGGUGUCUGUCUUCUACACAGUGGUCACCCCUUUGCUGAAUCCCUUCAUUUACACCUUGAGGAAUGAGGAGGUAAAAAGUGCCAUGAAGCAGCUCAGGCAGAGACAAGUUUUUUUCAUGAAAUCAUAUACAUAAUGGGCAUUGGGACUGCAGACAUAAUUGCAGGCACAUCCUUAAUGAAAGAGCAAAAGUAAAGAGUCAAAAUCAACUUAUAUAACUUGGUAAAUUAGGUAAAAUGGCAUAGAGCAGGUCAGAUUUCUGCUCAUUAAAGAUAAGAACUUAUUCUGUUCAUUAAAGAUAAGAACUUAUUAACUAUUAUUUAAAUAAAGCGCAAGAUCAUAGUGGAAGUUAUAAGGAAAAAUAACCUGGGAAAGUUUAAAGACAGCUUUUGAUUUCAUCAGUAAAAGAAUACAAUUUGGGGAACUCAGUUCAGUCUCAGUUUCAGGAGCAGGUAGAGUGAGAAUUGACUCUCUUGAUUUAUACUGUUCUGUGGGCUAUUGCCUCUGGGAAGCUAUACAUCACUCCUGUGAUUUAUACAUUAUAGUAGUUUCAAUCUUGUUUUCCAAUAUAUUUUCAAGUGUAUAAAUAAGACUUUACUUAUUUAUAUUGAAUUAAACUUUUGUUGCUUUUGAAUGUAAUUCUCUCAUGUCUAGAUCUAUUUUGUACUUUUUUUUUGAGACAGGAAUUUUUUGUACUAUUCCUGCAACUUCCUGUAAGUCUGAAAUUAUUGUCAAAAUAAAAAGUUAAAACAAAACAAAACUAUACACCCACAAGAAUAGUAAAAAUUAAAAAGGUAGAAAAUACCAAGUGGUUUUUUUUUUCUAAUUACUCUGUCGCCCAGGCUGGAGUGCAGUGGCGCCAUCUCAGCUCACUGCAACCUCCACCUCCAGGUUUAAGUGAUUCUCCUGCCUCAGCCUCCUGAAUAGCUGGGACUAUAGGUGCAUGCCAUCAUGCCUGGCUAAUUUUUGUAUUUUUAGUAGAGAUGAGGUUUUACCACGUUGGCCAGGCUGGUCUCAAAACUCCUGAGUUCAAGCCACCCACCCCUCUCAGCUAAUCAUUAAUUACUAUCACUCAUUGGGCUGAAGUAUAUCAGUUUAUUGUGGAACGGGCAAGUCCAUAUGAAGAGGGAUCCAUGACAAAUUUCUUAGGUAAUGAUGAUGAUAUUCUGUGACUGAAAUAAGUAGGAUUAGCUGUAAAUGAAGAUCCUAUAGAUGGUCAGAGAGCUACCAUACAAUAUCAACUUUAAAGGAGCUAAUGGAAUGAAAUGAAAUAUGGUUAAUAAUAAAAAUAUUAAGUAUAAAUAUGCUUCUUUGCUUAUUCUGAAAAAAUUUAUAAUUGAUUGGGGUCUUUGUCACUAUUUUCCACAUGGUCUGUCAACUUAUAGAAAUAAGACUUGAGUAUUCUGGAGAACUGGAGAGCAGACAACAUAGCCAUCCACACAUUACAGACAUACACAAUACAGAGUGAGUUGCCCACUAACUCUAACUAAAGGGUAAUACAUGAUUACCUUUUAGUAAUCAAAAGGACAAAGAAUCAGAAGCAGUCUAUUCAUUAAACUGAGAGGUGCUCAUGAACAUAUCUAAAUAUCAUUACUUGAAGUUGACAAACAAGGAUAGAAUAUGGUCAGCCCCCUAUAAUUCUCAUGUAAAACUUGAGUCACAGUAAGAGUUUUAGAUAUCUAUGAGGAAAUGAAGUCCAGAUAUCACUACUAUGUACAUGUUAAAAACUUAGAAAAAUGAUCUAAU